AUGAAUAACGAAAAUAAUAAUAACACUUCCUUAGAAACAGGCAUUAAUCGCCAAUUUUUUGAAGAAGUAAUCCAAAACAGCAAUCUUUCUUCAGAAGACAAAAAAAAGAUUGAACUUAAACUAGAAAGAUUAAAAGAAUUUGAAAAACACGAAACUGAUUAUCUUAAAAAAAAAGAAGAAUUAAAGGCUUGGACUGAUAUUUUUGGAGAAAAGAAACCUUUAGAAGUUCAGCAAGAAAUUAAAGAGUUAGAGGAAAAAAAUAAAGAAAUUGGCGAAGAACUAAAAGUAGAAAAAGAAAACCAUUCUUUAACUGAAGAUCAAAAAGAAUUAGAGAAAGAAAGACAAAAAUCGGCCAAAUUAGAGCAAGAAAAUAAUCAUUUUAAACAAGCCGCUUAUCGUAUUUUAGAAAAUAUAAGGAAUAGAAGAUAUGCCUUGUCAAAACCAAUUAUUACCACCGAGGAGGCUCAGAAAGAAAUUCCUAAUUUAUUAGCCAGAGCAGAAAAAAAGUAUGAAGAUUAUCUUCAAAGUAGUUCUCUUGAUAAAGAAUUAGAUUUCGAAUUAAGUGAAAUGGAGGAAAAGAAUACAAUAAAGAAAAUGAUUUUGUCGAUGUAG